UGUUAAAUUUAAAAAAAAAAAGUUCAGAUUUUUGCUCUCUUGUAAAAGAUUUCACUUUCUUGGUACCCAAUCAUCACUUUUCUUCUAAUUCGCUAUCAAGUCUUUGUGCCCUUUUUUAAGCCGCCAUUUAUAUUUUAGGGUUUCGAAUUGUCGAAUAUCUGGUAACAUUGCUGCUCUGUCCUCCAUUCUUUGCUUUGGUUUAUUCUUGAACCUUUAUUUUAUCGAUCUGUUCGGGCCAUCCCAGGUUGUUCAAUCUGAGUUUUCUGCCUGUAAUGGACGACGGGGAGCUUGAUUUUUCGAACCAGGAAGUGUUUUCCGGGAAUGAUAUGGGUGAUAUUCCAAGCAGUUGUUCAAUGGACAGUUUUUUCGAUGAAUUGCUGAAUGAUUCUCAUGCCUGUACCCAUACACAUACGUGCAACCCACCUGGUCCUGAUAACUCUCAUACACAUACAUGUUUCCAUGUUCAUACCAAAAUUGUGCCUGCCUCAACUGAAGACAGGACUGCUAGUGAUGACACUGCUGGGUCUAAGGAGAAAUCGAAGAAACAUCCUCUGGGUAAUCGAGAAGCUGCCAGGAAGUAUAGGGAGAAGGUUAAGGCGCGAGCCGCCUCGUUGGAGGAUGAGGUUAUGAGAUUGAGGGCUGUGAACCAGCAGCUGUUGAAGAGGUUGCAAGGUCAGGCUGCAUUGGAGGCUGAGGUUGCAAGGCUUAAGUGUCUGCUUGUCAAUAUCCGAGGAAGAAUUGAAGGCGAGAUCGGAUCGUUUCCGUAUCAGAAACCAGCCACUACUGUUAACCCGAUGAACGUUCCUGGUGCUUAUGUGAUGAAUCCUUGCAAUGUACAAUGCAAUGAUCAGAUGUUUUGCCCUCAUCCUGGAGUUGAAAGUAGAGCAGGAGAAGAUGCAGCCUUGAAUGGGCAAGGAUUUAAUGGGUGUGACAUUGACAACUAUCAGUGUUUUGCUAACCAUGACUCUGGAGCAGAGGAGCUUUCUACAGGUGGGGUUGGAAGUGCAGGGUCAAAAGGCAAUUCUUCUGGCAAUAAAAGGAGGAAAGGAGUUCGACGAGCUACAGCUGGCUGAAAAACUGUUGAGAUGAGCAUUAUCCAGUCCUUAACAAGCAGUUUUCUUGGGAUGAAACACCUUUUUGCCUCAGGUUGCAUUGCUUUUUUAUUAUUCCUUUUAUCAUUUUGUGCUGUCAUUUUAACCCUAAUAAUGGGUCAUUAUAGGUUUGCUGUGGUUUUAGUUUAUGUCCAUGGAGUUUAAAUAUGUCUUCCAAAAGGCUUUUUCCUUGGGAUGCAUAACCUUCUUCCCUCAGGUGCAUUGCUUUUUGAUUAUCUUUUUCAGUGUCUGCUCAUUGUUUUUGGUUUUUAACCCUACUUAUGGGUUAUUAGAGGUUGGUUGAUGGUCUUCUUAGUUUAUGGUUUAAAGCAGACAGACUUGUAAAGCUCAAACUCUGGAUUUGUAUACAUUGUACCGUUUACGAUCGUUUGACCGACAGUCUGAUUUCUUAGCAAGCUAAAUUCAAGUGAAUAAAAG